AUGAAGUCCCUGCUCCCUCACUGGGAGGCCCGGGGCCUGAACACUGCCGCCGGCAGUGCCGGCGAGGCUGAGGCAGCAGAGCCUCCGUGCUGUGCUGGGGACGCAGACGGUGCGGGACAUGGCCUUCCUGGCUCCCGGGUAUUUACUCAAACAAGGCGAGGGCCUGUGUCCACCCAGAAUCCUGCCCGCCAGAGCUUACAGCAGCUUUACUUCGGUGUCUUCACGGGGCGCUGCGAGCGGCGCUGGCCGGUGUCCGGCGACGAGGACCGGAGCCGCCGCUCGCUCUGGAAGCGGGGAGUCGGGGUGUUAACAGUCCCCGAAGGUGGACGCGGGCGCCGGCGGGGUUCCAGGGCUGCGCAGGCCGCAUCCCGGGGGGCGGCUGAGGUGCGGCCUCGGAGCCCCCCGUGGGCCCGCCUGACGUUAGAAUGUUUUAGAAACACGUAA